GUCAGCAGUGGGAAAUAUCCAGGUGUGAUGUGGGACGACGAUGAUAAAACCAUGUUCCGCAUCCCCUGGAAGCACGCAGGGAAACACGACUUCCGUAAAGACGAGGACGCGGCGCUCUUUAAGGCGUGGGCAGAGUUCAAAGGCAAGCCGUCAGACGACAGCCCCGCUGCCUGGAAGACCCGUCUGCGCUGCGCCCUCAACAAGAGUCCCGAGUUCAAGGAGGUGAUGGACCGAGCCCAGCUGGACAUCUCUGAGCCGUACAAGGUGUACCGCCUCGUCCCCAUCAGUGAGCAGGGUGUGGUCCCUGAGAAGAAGAGCAAAGACAAAGGCAGCAAGAAGCUGAAGAGGAAGAGCAGCGAUUGUGACUCCGGUCAGGUCAAACAGAUUAAAACAGAAGAGGUCACCUCUCAGCUGCGUGUGGAGGAGUCUCUGCUGCAGCACGAGCCCGUCCAGUCUGAGGAACCCUCUCAGUGCUCCGCCAUCCAAAGAGACGCGGUGGAUGAGAUCAGGCUGGACGUGCGGAUCGAAGAGAGUUUUCCUGCUGCUGCUGCAGACCAAGACUCGUUCAGUGUGACCGUUCAUUAUCUUGGACAGGAAGUCCUGAAACGUCAGAUCAACAGCGCCGACGUUCGGAUAAUGUACCUGCCUUCCUCGUCCAUCCCUCCAACUCCAGUCGCUCUGAACAGCAGGUUUCUACGCGUCCCGCUGCCAGAGCCUCCGUCCACGCUGCCGGCCGGCCCCGAGCGGCAGGCGCUCUUCACCCUGCUGCCCUUCAUGGAGAAAGGGAUCCUCCUGACCUCCAUGCCGCAGGGAGUGUACGGCAGUAGGUACUGCCAGGGCCGGGUCUUCUGGACAGGGCCGCACACGACCACGUCAGGCUUGCACAGGAUGGAGAGGAACACCGAGCCGGUGCUGCUCUUCAGCAAAGACGUCUUCAAGCAACAGCUGGACCACUUCCGUACGAACGGCGGCGAGCCUCCUCAGUGCAGCUUCACUCUGUGUUUCGGCGAGGAGCUCAGUAACACCGAAGACCCGACCGGAAAACUGAUCAUCGCUCAGAUUUCUCUCCCGUGGGCUGAACAACAGGUGCUGAGCGCCAUGUCCAUGUUCGAAACCAUGUCCGUCUUCCAGACGUUGGCGGCCCAGUCUCCACUGGGAGAAAUCACCCUGAACCUGGUCACGGUGCCGCUGACCGCCGACACCACCGACUGCCCCACCGUCUCUAACCCGACUAGUUAAAAUCCAGACGACUGAACCCGAGCGGAAACAUUUCCAUCACAGCAGCUGCGUUCCAUCUACUUCCUGCCGUCACCAAAAUAAAACCACCUCAAGUUAGUUUAUCACGUUAAGGUUUCAAAAUAAUAGGCUGUUUGCGAGGCGGGUGCUUUAAGCCUCGGAGGAAAGUGAGGGCACAAAAACAGACUUUAAAUAAAAAUGUUAAAAGUUUAUAAGCCUGAAGAGACGUUGUCCUGUGAGGUGGAGCUGAAACACUAAACAGGAGGUGGAGGCAGAGCUCGUUGGA